AUGGAGGUGGCUUGGGAUUCAGACCUGCAGGACCCCAACGUCCUGUGGCCGGCGGAGAACGAGGAGUUGACGGAGAAGACCAAGCGCCAGGCGCGUGAGGCCGUCGCGAAUGUCCUGGAAGCCACAGCCGCGGGCGAUGCCCUCGCUGUCGAGCGCAGCGUCGGUCGACUAGCCGUCCUGCAGGAGAGCUUCGACUACUGUCGGAACAUGCUCGUGGC